AUGGCCAAAUGUCCAUCGUUGGGGUUUACGAAAAACCCUAAUCAGAAAUCUUAGCGAGCAUCGAAAUGAAGAAAUAAGUUGAGGAGUUCGAUCAGUUCGAGCAACAUCUAGUUCAAUGGCUAUGUUUCUGAAACGUUCCUUCUCCUACAGAAAUUUCAUCAUUCUCCGAAAUUUUGCAAAUUCAAACAGUAAAUUUUCGUUCAUUGUCAACGAUCUCUCUAACUCAUCGACCUCCGAGACGCCUGCCGUAUUUGCUCUUCCUCCUUCAGAUUUCGUCCGAGAAAGUCGUCGGGGUUUUGCUAAAGGCCGAAAAUCAAAUGAAUCUUCUACAAGUAUGGCUGAGGCAUUGCCUGAUAUUAGACCCACUAUUAAAGCAAACGCUAGCUCGCAGAUGGAGGCUGCGAUAGCUGCAUUAUCGGGAGAAUUAAGCAAACUUCGAACGGGCAGGGCAUCUUCUGGAAUGCUUGACCACAUUAUAGUAGAAACUUCAGGCGUGAAGAUGCCGUUGAAUCAGAUUGCGGUUGUAUCGGUCCUGGAUCCAAAAACAUUGUCAAUAAAUCCCUAUGAUCCUAAUACACUAAAGAAUUUGGAGAGUGCUAUAGUCUCAUCUCCUUUAGGUUUAGCACCAAGAGUAGAUGGAGAGAGGCUAAUUGCAGUCAUUCCUCCAUUGACCAAAGAACAUAUCCAGGCCAUAUGUAAGCUGGUCACCAAGUGUUGCGAAGAUUCCAGACAAAGCAUACGACGGGCUCGUCAAAAGGCCAUGGAUACAGUUAAAAAAAUGAGCUCAAGCUACCCGAAGGAUGACAUGAAAAGACUGGAAAAGGAAGUAGAUGAAUUGACUAAGAAGUUUAUCAAGUCAGCCGAAGAUCUCUGCAAGGCAAAGGAGAAGGAAAUCACUGGAGGUUAAAAGAUUGAAAAGAAUUUAUAUUUCCCAAUUUUGACAGAUGAAUACUCGAAGAAUUUAUUGUAGUUUUUUUAAUUAAGCCGUCAUAUUGAGGGAUGUAAUUGUGAGGCGAGUAUAAGUCACACUUCAAGUCAUUUGACUCGAUCCAAAUGGAUUCCACAAAAGAUGGAUGUUGAAAUGGGGAUUCAAUAUUAUUUUACAACUUUAAUUUUUGUAAGGUAGGAAGAUAUGAACUUGAAGUCUCUGUGAAAUGUAAUUCUCUGAAGUUGGAUCC